AUGCCGACUGUCAGCAUGAUUAUUCUGCUGCUGCUCGGCCUCGUCGCCCCAGGAACGUCCGAGUCCUGGACUUCCCUCUCGCUGCCCGAGCCCGAGGAAGGCGCCUGCUUCGACGCCCACCAGAGGCACUGGGGACACCUGGAGCCCGUCUCGCCCAACUCGCGCGCCCACUGCGUCCACCACUGCAGGAUCAACGGGUUCCUUUAUGCAGGCACUGACUUUGGAGGGAAUCCGUGCCAGAUAUGUGGUGGAUAUUUGGCCUUCAACUUCUAUAAGGUCCCAGACACGUGGAGUACUACGAUCCCUGAGGACGACCAGUGUGCACUUACAACGGGAACGACCACUCCGUUUACAACAACCACAACCACUCCAGCAAGAUCGACUACAACUCCGCCAGUAACAACCCAGUCAAUAAAAAAUCUCCAAGUUACAUCGGAAAUCACACAAGCAUUACUAUUAACCACAACUCAGCCAGGAACAACCACAACCACUCAGCCAGGAACCACAACCACUCUGCCUGGAACACAACCACUCACCAACAACCACCACUCACCCUGGAACAACCACAACCACUCACCCUGGAACAACCACAACCACUCACCCUGGAACAACCACAACCAGGAACAACCACUGGAACAACCAACCACUCACCCUGGAACAACCACAAACCACUCACCCUGGAACAACCACAACCACUCACCCUGGAACAACACAAACCACUCACCUGGAACAACCACAACCACUCACCCUGGAACAAGCACAACCACUCAGCCAGGAACAACCACAACCACUCACCCUGGAACAAGCACAACCACUGACCCUGGAACAACCACAACCACUCAGCAACCCACACAACCUGGAACAAGCACAACCACUGACCCUGGACCUGGACCAACCACAACCACUCAGCCUGGAAUAACCACAACCACUCAACCUGGAACAACCACAACCAUUCAGCCUGGAACAAUCACAACCACUCAACCUGGAACAACCACAACCACUCAGCCAGGAACACGUACAACCACACAGCCUGGAACAACCACAGCCACUCAGCCUGGAACAACCACAACUACACAGCCAAGAACGACCAUAACCACUCACCCUGGAACAAUCACAACCACACAGCCAGGAACGACCACAACCACUCAGCCAGGAACACGUACAACCACACAGCCUGGAACAAUCACAGCCACUCAGCCUGGAACAACCACAACCACUCUGCUUGGAACAGCCACACAGCCAAGAACAACCACAACCACACAGCCAGGAACGACCACAACCACUCUGUCUGGAACAACCACAACCACACAGCCAGGAACGACCACAACCACCUUGCCUGGAACAACCACAACCACACAGCCAGGAACGACCACAACACUCUUGGAACAACUCUGCCUGGAACAACAGCCAGGAACAACCACAACCACACAGCCUGGAACAACCACAACCACUCAGGCAGUGAAAACUACAACUACAACAAUACCAGAUACAACUACAUUCACGGAAAAGACAACAAUCGCGGACAUUCUAACAAAGACACAAUGGCAUUUAAAACUGACUUCACCAGAACCAACUACAACCACGAACCUUCAGUCAAAUACCUCUUCCGUACUACCAAGAACUACAACAGCCAAACCUAUUUCAGAAUCCACAACCACACCAACCCUACCCGCUUCAGAAUCCUCAGUGACACCAGUUACAUCCGCUUCAGAAUCCACAACCAAAGCCACUUCAAAACCAUUAGUUUCCACAGAACCAACAACUAUGUCUGUUUUAGAGUCGUCAACCGCAAAAACCACAUCCAUUUUAGAAUCAACAACAUUUGAUUCAGAAUCAACGGCCAUUUCAGAAUUACCAGCCUCAACAACCACAACAACCCUGUCUACUUCAGAAUCAACAACCACAACCGCACCCACUUUACAAUCAACAACCACAACCGCAUCCACUUCACAAUCAACAACCACAACCGCAUCCACUUCACAAUCAACAACCACAACCAUGUCAAAUUCAGAAUCAACCACAACAACAACGUCAACUUCAAAACCAUCAACAACUGCUAACCACACAACAACCGGUAUCACAUCCAUCACCACACCAACCACAACCUCCUCAACGACCACAACUUCUCCGCUUGUCACAACCACAAAGCAAGAUUCACAACGCAACACUAGCUCACUCAAUUCACAGACAACAACCACAACAGAAACUACAAGUACCACUAUUCCACAAGUUACGACCUCUUCACAAACAUUAAAUGAGACGGUGACAACUGAUUCACAAACAACAGACGAGACACCAUCAACAAACAACACACGACCAACAACCACAACACAAACAGCAAUAACAGAUCCACAGACAAGAGCAACUACUCUGCAAACAACAAAGGCACAAACUACGACAACUCCACAAACCACCAACACGAAAAGGACAAAUUCAACAUCCACAACCACCACAUCUACAACCAACAUGUCACCACAAACAACAGCUGCACGGUUCAGCCCAUCGCCACGAGCACAGACUGAGAGCACAACAGCAGUUCCAACGACCGCCACGGCAUCGCAGACAGCCACCGCCGGCAUUAGCCAAAGUGCCAAUGUUUCUGGAGAGGGUGAUAUUUGCUAUGUUCUUUACAUAAUAAUCCCAACCUCCAACAGGAGUGCCAACGGCGAACCCAUCUUCGCCAACAAAUUCAAACAGGAAAUAAAACCGUUGUCACUAUUCAAACGAGUAGCCCCUUAG